CUGUAUGUCUGUAUGCCAAUUUACAUUUCUUUUUGCAAAGAAUUUACAUUAUUGAAUGUACAUAAAAAAGUUUUUUUUUUAGAAAAUGUUCAUUAAUUAACAUUAAUUUAAAUGUAAACCAAACUUCUUACAGAGCACAAAAAUAAAUAUAUACUAAAUUAUAUGAAAAAAUAAUCUAUACCGGCAGUGAGCAAAUCAAUCUAAUCUAUUCUCUCCAAAAUGAAAAUAUAAUCAAACUAAACUACUCAACGAUUACAAAAAAAAGAACUUCUACACCAACAUAAAAUAUACAAUAAACCAUUUGAUUAUUGAUGAAUUAAUAUUCAAAUAGAAAAAAAUCUAAUCAUUUGUGUAACUAACGUUAAGGUGUUUGGAAGAACUUUCUUUUGUUUAUACAAAAUAUAGAACAAUACCACAGCAAGUGCGACGAAUGUUUGGGGAAUACACAUAAAUUAUUAAUAAAAAAAGUUCAAAGGUGAACUUUGAACAGAAAUAAUACCUAUAGAAUUGAAUUAAACGAUAUACUAUUUCCAAGAUAUUUUGUGUAUUAAAACAGAAAAUAACAAUGGUGGCUUCUUCCAAAUUAAGUCAAGUUUUUACAUACGAAUCAUGGGUACAUGCCAUGUCAGGAGCUGCUGGUGGUUGCAUAGCCAUGUCAACUUUUUAUCCCUUGGAUACCGUACGUUCAAGAUUACAAUUGGAAGAUCCCGAUAAAACCGGAGAGGCACGCAGUACCAUGAAAGUCAUCAAGGAAAUUGUUUUGGGCGAGGGAUUCCAAUCACUAUAUCGUGGUCUCGGACCCGUUUUACAGAGUUUAUGCAUUUCUAACUUUGUCUAUUUCUACACUUUUCACAGUUUAAAAGCUCUAGCUAGUGGAGGCGAUAAACGACAACAGAGCGCUCUAAAGGAUUUAAUGUUGGGCGCCAUAGCUGGCAUAAUAAACGUCUUUACAACAACACCAUUUUGGGUUGUUAAUACCAGAUGCCGUAUGCGUGAUGUAGCCGGCACUUCCGAUGAAGUUAACAAGUAUUAUAAAAGCCUUCUCUCGGGUCUACAGUAUGUAGCUAAAACAGAAGGCGUUAAGGGUUUAUGGUCUGGGACCAUACCGUCAUUGAUCCUGGUAUCGAAUCCUUCAUUACAGUUUAUGAUGUACGAAUUGUUGAAGCGUAAUUUAAUACGUAUUUCUGGUAAAACAGAAAUCUCUAGUUUGGGUUAUUUUCUUAUUGGUGCUGCCGCCAAAGCCUUUGCCACCGUCUUAACCUAUCCCCUACAAUUGGUGCAAACCAAACAGAGACAUCGUACAAAGCAUGGUAGCCACAGUGGACCCUCGUCAUCAAAACAAGCCACUGGGGCAAAUGAAAUUGGCAUGAUACAAAUGAUAUUGGAUAUAGUAAAACAUCAAGGCUUUAGAGGCCUAUUCCGGGGCAUGGAAGCAAAAAUUCUACAAACUGUCUUAACGGCCGCUUUAAUGUUUAUGGCUUACGAAAAAAUUAAUAAUACCGUUGGUCUACUCCUAAAGAAAACCCCUGCCAAAGUGAUGCAAUAAAAAAAAUAAGAGACAAAUAUUUGGUUAUAUACAAUGUAGUCAUACUUUUAAGGUUGCGGCUGGGAAUGUUGUACAUUCCAAUAGUUUUACUAAACGAUUUUGAACUUUAGUUAUUGCUGGCCUAUUUUUAAAGCAUUAUGCAUUUUUUAAGCAUUGAUAAUGAAGGAUUUAAUAACAUUAAUAAUGUUUAUUGGUAAAAAUAAAAUUUAAUUUUAGUUUGGAGAAA